AUGAUAUGUUUAAAAUUUUUAACCAUAGUAAUAUUCCUAACAAAUUGUUUAUUAUCUUUUAGUCAAAAUGUUGGUCUAGCUCCAGGAUUAUAUUGUGGUUUAAAGACUUGUUAUGAAGUACUUGGAAUAGAUAGAGAUGAUUUUACAAAAAGUGAACUUUCUAGAUUAUAUAGAAAUUUUGCCAAAAAAUAUCAUCCUGAUAGGGUAACGGGUGUUGAGGAAAAAAAAAUUGCUGCUGCUAGAUUUAGAGAAGUUGCCACUGCAUAUGAAACUUUAAAAGAUGAUGAAACAAAACAAUUUUAUGAUCAUUAUUUGGAUCAUCCAGAAGAUAGAUAUUAUAAUUAUUAUCAAUAUUAUAGAAUGAAAGCGGCACCCAAAGUAGAUAUAAGAAUUGUAAUAAUUGUUACUAUUAUUCUUGUUUCUGCUUUUCAAUAUUUAAGUGCAAAACAAAAGUAUUCAGAAGCUUUAAGUUAUGCUAUAACAGUUCCUAAAUAUCGACAACUUGCAACAAAUAUAGCUGUUGAAAGGAAACUUAUUUCUUAUGAUUUAAAAGAAAAUAUGGAUAUUCGAGGAGGAUAUAAGAAAGAAUCAUUCUAUGAUACAUUACUUUUUCAAUUAAUUAUUUUUCCAUAUACUUUUGUUAAAUUAAUAUAUUGGUAUGGAAGAUGGUAUUAUAAAUAUAAUAUAUUAAAUAAAGAAUUAGAAAUGGAGGACAAAAUUUAUCUUAUUUGUAAAUAUUUAGAUAUGACUGAAAGUCAAUUUCAUUGUUUAGAAGAAUAUGAACAAGAUUUAAUAUUUGAAAGAUCUUGUUGGAUAAAGGAAAAUGCUAAAGAAUAUAAAAAUGAUAAAGAUAGAGAAGAAAAAGAAAAAUUAAUGAAAUCUGCACAAUAUAGAAGAUACAAAAGGUACAUGAAAAAUAAUGCUGGUAAUACAAUAUCUUUCUUAGAUGACUAG